GGCACCGGUUAGAGGACAAUGGACCCUGAGCUUCUGUUCAUGCCUUCGCCUCGUGGUUGGCUUGGGUGCACAGCCCGACUAGUCGUACCUUGAACCGGCGUGGCCACAUCAGGCACAUAAGCGAAGAACGAGAGCGGUGCACGGGCGCUCCGUGAUCUUGUGUGGUCAGUAGCCUCGAGGCACAGAAGCCAAGCUCAAGGGCUCAAAGUCCGGAUCUGACGGAUACAGUGCGAUCAGAAGCUAAUCUCGAUCCUUUGCUUUGAUCUGUGGCGACACUGUGGCGACCGAUCUCCUCCUCCUACUCCUCCGCGGACGGUCAUCGCCACGUCGGGCGCUACUCCAAUGGACAAAGCACAUCAAAGACACCAUGGUCGGAAGACAAGUCUUCUUAGUAAAGCAAGGAGCAACAAAGCCAUUGAGCGCAACUUCGUGAUGCAGCCACUGGGCGCGCGGUGGUCCAUGUCAAAGCGUGGUGCAGCCACAAAGGCAACGUCCAGCUCGGGGGGCAGGCAAGGCGGGGUGGAGAGCAAGGACUCACCAUCUACUCUCGCAUUCGAUCCGCUAAGCUCUCGCCUCAAAUCCGUCGCAAGUUCGCAAGUCGUACCUGCCUCAGCCUGCCUUUCGCAGCGUCUAGCCAUGCCGAAAGUCUCCACCAAAUCUGCCAAGGCCACCGCUGCCAUGCAGUCGCACCCCCGAUACAACACACGCGCUGCUGCCGCCGCCAGGAAGAAGGAGCAGGAGGACUCCAACGCCGAAUUACAACGCCAGCUCAGGAGGACGCCACGAGGAUGGAGGCCGAGGCCCUCGAGCGUCACGCGUCGCGGUCCCGCAGCGCGGAAGGCAAAGGGCAAAGGUCGUCAGCAGCCCGCUAGUCCUCGUGGCGCGACGCCCGGGCCCUCAAGCUCGACGCCGAAGCCCAGCAGCUCCAGGAGGGUUGCCUUCGCACGUGCUAGCCAGGACCGCUCCGACGACGGCUUGACGGACGCUGACGCGGAACACGAGAUCGACGACAUGGGGUCCGUCUCCGCAUCGACGGAUGCCGACGGUGACACCGCGAUGGGAAACGACGACCGCGACGAGAUAGGCGACGACGAGGCACCCAACCGCGGGCGGUGGGGCCCCGUGACCGUUGCGAGGAGGGGAGGCAUGCUGGGCAACGGCCUCCACCCCGUCGUCGAUCACCAGGCUGGGCCAGUCAACCCUCAGCUGCCUACGUUCUACCGCAACAUGCAGUACAAUGACUUCAACCUCAUGGGCGAUGCGAUCCCUGGUGGGCUGAAUCUUCAGGGACCGUUCGGGUACGGCCAGCACCAACCCCUGAUCGAGCAAUUCGGUCAAGGCGCCUUUCCUCAGCCGCUCGGCGCCCCCGUCGGUCGACCCUUUAUGGGCAUGAUGAACCAUCAGGCCAUGCCAGCGGGCGCGGCGUUCCAGCCUGCCGGAGGCGCAGGGAACCAGAUGGCCAUGGGCAUGGGCAUGACGCCUAAUUUCGGUGCAGCGAACCGUCACUUCUUCGGCCAGCCACUCGCGGGCGGAGGCAAUCAGCACCUGGGCGCGAUGGUACAGCAGCUCAACGUCAGAGACGGACACCCGCACUCCUUUGGCGCCUAUAACACACAGUUCGUCAGCAACGGAGGGAACCAGCCGUAUAUUGGUGCUGGCGAUCAGCAAGGCAUGGCACCUUUGGCCAACCUACCCUUCGUCAACGCGGGUAACCCAGUCGUGCCAGUUGGCGCCGACAAUGGUCUCUUCAUGGGCGACGCAAACCAGGGCUUCAUGGGUGCCGCCGCUGAUGCGUCGGUCCUCAACGGGCCUGCACAAGAUAUGCACGUGCAGCACCAGAACUGGGACGGCGACGUCACAGGGGAAUACUUGAAUGCCGACGAGCUCGUCGCUAGGAUGCCUUCUCCACCCGAGUUCUUUGACCAAGCUCCCGUUGUCCCCCCCUUCCAGCCUCUCGCCGACAAUCGCUCGCUGUCGCCGGCGUCGGCCGCCGGAACCACCGCAGGCGAUGUCCAACCGCAGGCGGGACCAUCAUCCUGGCAGACUGCCGACGGUUUCCAUUCGCAGGCAGGUUCCCCGUACGAGCAAACAGCGGUCACUCCCCAACCUCAGGCGGGACCAUCGAACUGGCAGACUGGGGCCGAGGCUGUCCCAUCGCAGGCAGGUUCCCCAUACGAGCAAACAGCGGCCACCCCCCAGCCGCAGGAGGGACCAUCGAACUGGCAGACUGCCGACGCUGUCCCAUCGCAGGCAGGUUCCCCAUACGUGCAAACAGCGGCCACUCCCCAACCGUCGAACUGGCAGAUUGCCGAAUCUGUCCACUCGCAAGCAAGUUCCCCGUACGAGCAAACAGCGGCCACUCCCCAACCGCAGGAGGGGCCAUCGAACUGGCAGACUACCGAGGCUGUCCCAUCGCAGGCAGGUUCCCCGUACGAGCAAACCGCGGCCACUCCCCAUCCCCAAGCGGACCCUCCAAUUCACGCGCAGUCCCCUUCUCAGUCUUCAUCCGCGGCGACACCCAGAGGGGAAGAUCAGUCCCAAGCGGACACCCCUGCGUCGCAAGGCCAGGCGAGCAACGGAGGAGCGGCUGAUGAAGAGUCGGUCGCUGACGAGGACGAUGUCGAGUCGCAAGGCAGUAGGGCAUCCACUGAACGUCUCUACUCCGACAGAGAGCAAUCGACAGCUGCGUCGGAGAUCUCUAACGACCCACCAGAAAUCUCUGACGCGGCGCGGGACUUCGACUUCGGACCGAGAAUUCGUCAGGAACAACUGGGGCCUUCUGGGCGUCGCUACCAGAGGGCUAACGGCACCUGGGUCGACGUGAUCGAGAACGCGGAUCCGAUGCGUGUUUGGGGCUUUGUGGAGGGAACCGGGCUGCCGUUCGAUCCUGCACGCGUCAAGCGCUUCAGGUGGGACGUCGAGCUGCAAUGA